UUUUUUUUUUUCUUUUUUUUUUUUUUUUCGAGACGAUCGCGAGAAAAAAAAAACCCAUUCAAACACGACGAAAGGCACUCCGGUUUCGCUAGCAGAUGUUGGGGGCGGGACGAGAAAAUCCAAAAGAGAAACAAAAAGAAAUGCACGACUUGGAGAAUCAUAUCAGCGUUGGAGACUUGGAGUAUAAUAUGGACGGACAGGUGCUAGUGGACGGGGCAGGUUCUCUGUGUGUCUCGGCAGAAAUCAUGGGUCUCAACUUUUUACCGCUGCUCUCGCUUGCUCUGGGGCCGACUCUUGGAUUUAGUUAUUAUAGACGGGCCGGCUCAUUUUAAAUAUACUAGAUGGCCAUUC